AAUUCUGCCAACACUUCUGCUGCAGCCAGUAGGAGGGCUCAGCUGGCAGGGCAAAUCAGCUGAGGCGCUUGCUGUGUAGGUAUGAUAGCGAAGCACGUUGAAUGUCAGCGAGCUUCUGAUUGGAUGUGCUGAUGUGAAGAUUCAAUACUAGUAAAUGUGUGAAGCCUGCGCAGUGUUGGGUUCACAAGCUUGUCCAGGUCGGCAUUCCCAGGAGGAACAGGAUGAGCACGCCUGGUGUUAAUCCAGUGAUGCAAGGAGCUGUCAAUGGCACUGGUCAGGCUACUUCUCCAGGAUCUGCUGCUGGCAGCAAUGCAUCAGGUGGCAGUAGUGGUGUGACAAGCUCAACACAGCUGCCCAACCAUCAGCCACAACAGUCACAGAUAACGAGCUUUGCAGUACCAGUUGUUGGUGUGCAGAAGAGAGGGCGGCCUCAGAACGAGAUCUGGAGUCAUUACACAAAGCUGCAGGGCGGCAGGGAGACAGCUGACAAGCGUCACUGGGUGAAGUGCACCUACUGCGCAACGGAGUUUAAAAGCAGGGUUGAGGAUGCAGUUAAGCAUAUUGCAAGGGCUUGCAAAAGCGCACCUGAUGAUGUGAAGCUAAAUCAGCUGGCAAUACUUGCUGCCAAGGUGCCAGCCAGCGAGAAGGACUAUGUCCUUGAGGGGAAGAGGCCAAAAGCAGAUGCGCCCGCAUCACUGAAGCAGAAGCAGAUCAGCUACCACGUCGACACAGCAUCUGUGCUUCCGCAGCAGAAGAAGAUAUAUGACCACAAGCUGCUUAUGCUCUUUGUCAUGCGGAACAUUCCUUUCAUGGUGGCCAGUGAUCCCUACUUCCUGGACUUUGUAAGGGCGUUGAGACCAAACUAUGCCCCUGCAGGGGACUACACGUUGCGCCACUCGACAUUGCUGGAAGAGGCCGCAAGAGUCGAGCUGGCUGUUCGCAAGAAGGUCGAGAGCCAGGGACACGUCACACUGACGUUGGACGGCUGGACGGACGCCUGGAAGAGGUCAAUCUAUGCCUUUGUUGGCUCGUUCCCAGACAGGGUAUCCCAUCUCUUUGGGACGGAAGAUUUCUCCGAUGAAAAGCAUACCAGCGAGAACAUUGCGAGCAGAGUCCGCAUCUGGCUCGAGAAGUACGGCUACAAGAACUUCAUCUGCCUCCUGACCGACAACCCCAACGUUAUGAAGAAGCUGCGGAGGAUCAUCGUCGAGCUCCCCGAGGCCAAGCACAUGCUCGAGCUUCCGUGCGGAAUGCACGGCUUCAGCCACUUCAUUGGGUCAAGUCUCGGCCACGAGUUUGCGGCGCCUGUGGUCGCGGACGCGCAGCGUGUCGUUACCUACAUCAAGGCCAGCCACCGCCCUCUUGCGCUCUUGAGCGCAAUUGCCACGGAGCAGAAAGUCACGACGGGCCUGCACUCCUCCAACAAGACCCGCUUCACCUCUGUGCACGACUGUCUCCAGUCGGUACUGGACAACGAGCGGCCCCUGCAGGCUGUGGUAGCCCGUCACCCGGAGGCCUUUGCCGCACCCCGUCGGGGCGCUGCAGACCCGAAGGCCAUCAUUCAAAGCCGGGGGUUCUGGUCCAAGCUCGAAACCCUCUGUACGGUCAUGCAGCCGUUCAGCGAGGUGGUCAUGGCCGUCCAGUCGCGGACCGCCACACUGGCGGAUAUCUUCCGCUAUGGCAUCUACUUGGGCCAGAAGGUCAAGAAGGUGUACGACGACACCUCGGUGGACCUCGCGUACCGCGAGCACCUCGUCCGCGCCUUCAACAAGCGCUGGGCUGAUAUGGACAAGCCGGAGUACCACCUGGCGCUCUUUCUGCACCCUCACUACCGUGCGGCAGCGAAUGCGCGGUCCAAGUUCUCGGAGAUCUGCCGUACGGCGGGAAAGAUCUGGAAGAAUUACGGGCACGGACGUGAGGCAGUCCUGAAGCUGACGGCCGAGAUGCAGCAGUACAAGGCGGGCCGUCCUCCGUUCGACCUGCAAGCCUCGGUGGUGGACUUCUAGCCUCGCUUGUACUGGGAAUCGCUGCGUUCGGCCGAGUACAGCCACCUCCCCUCCCUCGCAAUCAUCAUGUUUGACAUCACCCCCCACGCCGGCGGUGUGGAACGGGUCUUUAGCAUGAUGGGGUGGAUGCAAAACGACAAGCGGAACCGGCUUCGCACGGACACCCUCGAGAUGAUGGCCAAGGUCAAAACUUACCAUCAGUCGCUGCAAACCAGGGUUGCUCCGCCCAAAGCCCGUCCGAGCGAUCGAGCCCACACCUCGAGCGGUCGCCGCUCCAACGGCUGCCAACCCCGACACGGGAGCCUCUUCCUCCGACCCAACCAGGGCCGCGCCGGAAGGCGACCAGAAUGCCGGGAUCGACGACGAAGCGGAGCCCAUGCCCGACGAGCUUGCGGCCAUCCUCCGCUCCUUUUACGAGCAGGAUACGUCGACGGUUCCUUGGACGAGCAGCCGGGCAACCGUCUACUGGUUGAAGACUCCUACGAUCUGGACGACCCGUUGUUUGGGCCCGACCCGCUAUCGGGGGCUCAGAGCCAGGCUGCGCCAUGCGACUACGGCGCUUCGAACGAGCAAUUCAGUUCAGAUGAUGUAAUCAAUCAGUUUCUAAACUCUAGCGGAGGAGACUCGUGAGAAGGGUUGGGUUUGUUCUCAGCUCUAAAUUAUUCACGAGAGUUGAAGAACUUUGAAGCUGAACUCUGAACUUACAUUGGAGCUGCCGCCGGUCAGUUUACGAUUGUAAUCAUUGUAUUCAUGCAUCGAGUUUCCGAGCUGAUUUCACUGUCGGCAGCGUUUUGCACGCGUU